AUGGUGCUUGUUCGUGCUGGAGUUGGCCGGCGAAGGGCGCGCAAUGGCAUGCUGCUGUGUGCCCUGGUCUGCCUUGUCGUCCAGCUCCCGACUUUCACCGCGCCUGGGGACCGACAUGGAGGCUCGAAGGUCGUUCGAAGAGCUGCGCAAAAAGAUGCAGAGGGCUUUCAGGGCUUCGGCCUCCAUGGUGCUGCGCUCACUGCUUCAUCAGCUGUGCUAGGUCCAGCCUUGGAUGGCACGGCCCACGGUAACUUUGGAGUCUUAGCCUAUCACUUUCCACCCCCAGUUCCAGUCAUGUUGGGCAGCUACAAGCUCUUCUCCACUGCCAUCUGGGUUCCUCCACUGUUCGCCUUCGCGGGCCUCCUCAUUAGCAGCCUCUACUGGCUGAUUGACAACGCCCUGGCAGUGAAGGCAGAACAGCGGUCCCCGUCAUUGUUGCAGACCUUGGCUGCCGUGAUGUGCUUUGCCGCAAACUAUUGGGCAAGUGGCUUCAUGUCAUCCAACGACCUUGGCACAGGAAAGACGGUCCAACGUCUAAUCUCGUGCGUGCUGGCUUUGUGGGCGAUUUCCGCUUGGCGCGUCUUCGAUGGGACGACCACUGGCCUGGUCGUGUCUGUCAUGACAGCCGUUGGUGGAACGCUGAUUGAGGUCUUCCUGAUCAACGCGCCUUGGUGGGACCUCUAUGCUUAUUCGAAGGCUGAUUUCUGGGGGGUGGACAGCUGGAUUCCGUGGGUGUACUUCUGUGGGGCGCCAGCGGUGGGCAACCUCUCCAGGUUGAUCCGCAAUCGCUUGGCGUAG